AUGUUAAACCUUGAGAAGACCACUAUCAUUUUCGGCAAGAAUACAACCAAGGUUACUCAAAAGUAUAUUCAGUCUAUAGUUGGGAUGAGGUCUGCAAUGACAUAUAAAAGAUACAUUGGGUUGCCAUCUGUAGUGGGAAGGGACAGAAGCAAGUCUUUCCAAGAAAUCCUUGAUAAUAUCAGAUUGAGGAUUAGUAAUCAUAGCGUAAAGAUGUUAACUCAAGCAGGGAUGGAAAUAUUUAUAGAGGCUGUGGUUCAAGCUUUUCCUACCAACAUUAUGAGUGUCUUUAAGCUGCUUAACUCAUUACUGAAAUCUAUUAAUAGUGUCAUCCAGAAUUUUUGGUGGUGGCAGCAGGAAAAAGAGAAUAAAAUCCAUUGGGUCUCUUGGAAAUUGAUGGGGAAGGCAAAAUCUGUUGGGGGCAUAGGUUUUAGGGAUCUCGAAUGUUUUAACAAAUCAAUGUUUGCUAAGCAAUGCUGGAGGUUGAUUCAAGAACCUGAUUCUCUAGUAGCUAAUAAGCUAGACAUAUUGUGGAAGCAGGCUCCUGUUGGAGGAUUCGUAAUGGGAGUGAUGUCCAUAUAUGGCAAAUGGCUUGGUCAUUCUGCUCCUAGUAAGGUUUUUAGUCCUAUCAAGAAGUUGGACUGUGAAGCUACUAUGGCAAACUUGAUUAAGCCUAACUCUAAGCAAUGGAAGUUUGACUUAGUGCAGGAGAUAUUUGAGCAAAGAGAAGCCAACAUUAUUCUGAAAACUCCUAUAAACACUAUGAACAGUAGGGACAUAAUUAUAUUAUAG